CCCCGACCUCGUUAAGAUACCCGGCAGUUCAAGAUGGAGUUUGGCACGACAGGAAUGUUGAAUGAAGAUGGCAUCCACGUCGACAUGGAGAGACUAAAGAAGGGAGAGGUGAAUCUAGGAACUUCGAUCAUGGCAAUCAAUUUCAAAGAUGGUGUUAUACUGGGUGCGGAUAGUAGGACCACCACUGGGGCAUACAUUGCCAACCGAGUCACCGACAAGCUCACACAAGUCCACGAUACAAUCUGGUGCUGUCGAUCUGGAUCUGCAGCGGAUACACAAGCAGUUGCUGAUAUUGUUCAAUAUCAACUGGGAAUGUAUGGUAUCAUGAAUGGUAGACAGCCAACUACACAAACAGCGGCAGCGAUGUUCCAAGAGCUUUGCUACGAGAACAAGGAUAGAUUAAGUGCUGGCUUGAUCAUUGCUGGGUGGGAUGAGCGACACGGAGGCCAGGUCUACUCGAUACCGUUGGGGGGUUCAUUACACAAGCAACCCUAUGCCAUCGGUGGAUCAGGCUCGACAUACAUCUACGGAUACUGUGACGCCAACUGGAAGGAAGGGAUGGACGAGGAAGAGGCUGUCAACUUUGUCAAGGGAGCAUUACAAGAGGCCAUCAAAUGGGAUGGGAGCUCUGGCGGAGUCAUUAGAAUGGUGGUGUUGACGAAGAAGGGCGCAAACAGGCACUUGUAUCUGCCCGAUACGAAUUACGCCGUUCGCCAUGAAUAG